GUCGAAGACUGCACUCCGAAACCUAAGUCACCAUCUAGCAUGCCUGAAACACUCAGCGUUGCAGUCUGCACCUCCAAAGAUGUCACCCUUUCAGACUUUGUCUGUCCCAUGGAUAUUCUCGGCGGCUUGAAUCUGGGGGAUGAUCCUUUCCUGGGAGAAGCCAUGGGCGAUGUGCCCUACCGUGUUGCAGUUGAUUAUUUGUCUCCGACAAUGGACCCCGUCUCUGCACUUGCAACCGGUCAAGUCACAGUCAAAAUCCUGCCCACGAUGACCUAUAAAGAGGCGAUGGAAAACAAGAAGCAGUUCGAUAUCCUCUGGGUGCCUGCGGGUCCACUGCCCGAUGUUGCGACUGGAAAGGACAACUUCCCUCAGGAUGAGAUCGCAUUCAUCGCACAACAGGCGCCUAAAGCCAAGUAUGUGAUGUCUGUAUGCACUGGCGCACAUCAGCUUGCAGUUGCCGGCGUUUUGUCUGGGAAGAGGGCGACGACAAAUAAAAAGUUAUUCAAGCUGAUCCAGGCUGUCUCUCCCAAGGACAUCGACUGGGUCCCACAAGCUCGAUGGGUCAUUGAUGGGAAUGUGUGGACUAGCUCAGGGGUGACCGCAGGCUCCGACAUGGCUCUUGCGUUGCUCGAGCAUCUCACCAACAAGAGAAUCGCGGACGAAAUUCGAGGACUGGUCGAAAUACCAGAAGUCACCCAAAACGACGACCCGUUUGCGAAGAUCCAUGGUUUGGUCUAAUGAGGGAGCAAUAUUCCAUGGAACAUUUGGCCAUAAUCUCUUUGCUAUCAUCCGUCACGGGAACUGAGUCCCUCGCUCUGAGGCUAUUGAGAACUACGAAGCAGAGCCUGAGGGCUGCCGCCUUGAAGAUAUCUGGCAGUAGAACCUGGUCCGAUUGAUUCGGGAUCAGACCAUAUGCGUGUAAAUAGUGCUAUGGAACGACGGACUGCGGACCAGCAUGUGACGAACACUGCAGAGCUCCAGCUGCACCAGAGGGGUCAUUCGCCAUGCCAUCGGGGAUACCAGCAAAAUGUUAGUGAAGACAGGCCAUCUCUUACCAGAAUAGGAUCGGAUAUACGGCCGACGAGAAGCUCAAGCAGUUCUCCAACGAAUCUUCGAACGGUAAGGAUCUAUACGAGUUCUAUUGAAUUAUUCCAUAUCACGGCCGUCACGUGACCGCGUCUUAAAGCACAUGACGUAUAGUAACACUUCAGCAACAGAGCAACAGCAAUCACAACAUUAUUAUUACACAUACCAUUAUCGACGACAUGCCCCAUGAAGGCGAAAAGAAACGAAGCCAUUCAUUGAUAAAUGAAAUUGUACCUCGAAAGAAGGUGCGGAAUGGCGGAAAGCUGGGGUCCAUACCGUGCAGCAUUGUCGUACAGCUCGAACAACGGGAUAGCAAGAAGCUUCAUGUUUUUGGGAACAGCAAGGACCUCUGUGAUGGCGUCAGCUAGCUGUCGGGUGAGGAGCUUCCGGGGAACCCACUCUUCUCGGGCAUGUGCACCAGAAAGAGUUUCUUGCACUCUUUCGGCUUGGUGAUGUGGGCUGGUACGAACGGGUACUGGAGCAGCGUAAGCCUACAUAAGAAGGGAACGGAACAGAAGGCGCUAGAGAAAGAACGAGCAUCGCAACCGGAUCUUCGUCCGCCGUUAACGCGGUGCGCGGUAAGAACACCGCAGGCGAACAACAAUGAAAACGAACGUUGGUAAGUGACGCACCAUGAACGUUUCAAAGUUGGGUCUCCACCAUUGCGCGAGACAAUCUCCGAUUUCCCAUUCGGCACCGUCGUCGAGCCCCAAGGAUGGCGGUGCUGCGAGGCGGUCAUCCAGACGUUUUUUCAUCCCACUGAUUUCGUCCUCUCCGGGAAGCAGGUAGUCACCAGGUCUGCGCCAUUAAAUUAGCGAAAUGAAGUAGCAGUCAAUCGCAUUAACCGCGCACGAACAGUUUGAAGAAGGCAUUCGCGAUUUGUAGCAUGAGUAUGUGCGGGUGCCCAUGGUCGUGCACAACGAGGAUUCCCUCUACCGUCCGCCGCAUGCCGAAAUCUUCAUAAUUGUUCUGCAGACGCUGUAAACGCGCCGAGACCGACGGAUCCUCCUCCGGUUGGGCAUCCUUGGUACUUCGUGAUGGUCAGCUGGGACGCGAACGUGACGACAUCUGACGCGAGAUGUAUACCUGAACGUGAAGUUAGAGAGCGGAUAUCUAAAUGGUGUUAUGUGAGCAGAGCGCGAGAAGGAAGGACAGAGCAACGUGCAAGGCUAUAGUGUUGGACAUUUUGUCGGGAGGGAUGCAGUCGAGAUCAGAAGGCAGCCGCGUGACCUAGCCGUGACAACCGCGUAAAGACCAUGACGUCUACAAUUGGAGAUCCGUCUGGGCAAGAGGAUUUUUGCCUCCGUCUCUUUCGAACCGCGACCAUUUAUAUCUCAACUGGGCAAGACCCGUCGCUUUCUUACGCCAUAGCUCGCUGCCUAACCGGUCGAUCGGUCCGCUAGUUCCCCAGCCCUGAUCCAGGCAAGGAUGACAACCCCUGACUCCCGUGGUACGGGAGACAUGGUCCCAAGCGAAGCCAUGUCCGAAACUGAUCACGCACGGUCCUCGCAAAGCCCUGUCACAGCUGUAGGAUUCCAGCGCGUGCCUCAGAAGGAGUCCUCAUUACGUAGAGCUGGGCUUUUACAACCGCGAUCAUUCCAUCCAGCCCCCGCCAUUCCCUCGCCUGACGCGUACUCGUCCGGGUCAUCUGGCAUCUUUGGAACACCGAUGUCUGUGGCGCACUUCACCCCGCAUUCGCAGGACUCCAUUCGCCAAAACACGAUGGAGUUGAGCGGCAUGGACAUGUAUUCGCCCCCAGCAGGUAGGCCUGGACGGGAUCUCCUGCCUGCCUCAUCCCCUCAAUCGGGCACGCUCUCCGUCCUUCCUGUGCUGCGGAGCGGUUCAGUCACCCCAACCAAUCAAACGACCCGACCGUCAGCCCUGUCUUUACUGCGUCCGACCCAUGACACGUCCACCUCGCCGACGCCCAAUGACGAAGUAGAGUUUGCGCGGAACGAUCCGGUCCCCAUUGCAACUCCACGGACAUCGCUCUCACCGUCACCACCACGGCCGGAACCGAAUCUUGAACCUACAGAGCAGACGCCGCUACUUGCGUCGCCGCCGAAAGUGCGGAAUCUGAAGACAUGGCGGAGUCUAGCUGCAACGACGGCCAGACAGGCUGUCCACGCAGUCCCUGCGGUCAUCUUGGGGUGCCUUCUCAACAUCUUGGACGGGGUAUCAUACGGAAUGAUCAUUUUCCCUACAACCCCACCCUUCGGAGAUCUCGGUCCCAUGGGGGUCUCGAUGUUUUUCGUGUCGUGCGUGAUUGCGCAAGUGAUCUACACAUUCGGUGCCAGUGGCUUUGCCGGUGCCAAUGGCAGUAUGAUGAUCGAAGUCGUGCCGUUCUUCCACAUCUUGGCAGCGACGAUCGCAGGCGAAAUUGGUCUGGAGAAUCCGGAGGAAAUUAUCGCGACAACGCUUGUCGCCUAUGCUUUGAGUUCAGUUCUUACCGGUCUAUCAUUCUUCCUUCUUGGUUACCUCAAAUUGGGGGUACUCAUCGGAUUCUUCCCUCGUCAUAUUCUGGUGGGAUGUAUCGGCGGUGUUGGCGCUUUUCUGUUGGAAACUGGGCUGACCGUGUCGCUGAGAAUUCCUGAGGACGAAUUUACUCUGACAUGGGAGACUUUCAAAUUGGUGUUCUUGGAUAGACACGGCCUCGCUCUUUGGACCAUCCCUCUGGCCUUGGCUAUUUUGUUACGUUUCGUGACAGAAGGUCUGAAGUGGAGACAUCAGCUCGUGUUCCCGCUUUAUUUUAUCGCUAUUCCGAUGCUGUUCUAUGUGAUUGUCGCGGCGGCUCAGCUCAACCUCGGUGAGCUCCGUGAAUCUGGGUGGAUCUUCGAUAUGGCGGAGAAUGCCAAGGAGGAGCAUUGGUACAAGUUCUAUGACUACCUGGACUUCAGCAAGGUGCAGUUUGGCCCUCUGUGGGCUACGAUGCCGACUCAGUUUGCGUUGCUGUUUUUCAACAUCUUGCAUCCUCCUUUGAACGUUCCGGCCCUCUCGGUAUCAUUGAAUGAAGAUGUUGACACAGACAAGGAGCUGGUCGCCCAUGGGUAUUCCAACUUUUUUGCUGGUAUCUUAGGCACGGUCCCCAACUACCUGGUUUACGUGAACACCCUGUUGUUUUAUCGUGUGGGAGGCGGGACGCGUGUUGCCGGCUUCCUGCUGGCGGUAGCGACAACGGCUUUGCUGUUGAUCGGAACCGGACCCAUCGCUUACAUUCCUGUGAUGGUCGUUGGCGCGCUAAUCUUCGUUCUCGGCAUCGAUUUAUGCAAAGAGGCCUUGUGGGAUACUCGGCAUCGUGUUAGCAGAUCUGAAUACAUCACGAUCGUCAGCAUCAUGGUGUGCAUGACUGUGUGGGACUUUGUGAUUGGUGUUUUAUUCGGCAUUGUCGUCAGCUGCUUCUUUUUCGUGGUGCAAAACUCUCAAAGAGCAAGUAUCCGUGCUUUGCACACCGGAGAGACUGCCAUCUCCACCGUCCGACGACCCAGUUCACAACGUGCUUAUAUCAGGGAGGUGUCUAAGCAGACAACCAUCUUACGACUGCAGGGAUUCCUGUUCUUCGGAACCAUAUCGCACGUUGAGGAAACAAUCCGAGCCAUCGUGCAGGGUCCCUCAUGGCAGCAGAAUCCUAUCCGUUUCCUUGUUCUCGAUCUCACCCUGGUCGGCGGCGUUGACAUGUCUUCUGCCGAAGCUCUGGUCCGGGUGCAGCGCCUGCUGUCGGCGAAAUACAUCACCUUGGUGUUCUGCGGGUUUACAGCUGAGUCGUCGAUUGGGAGGGCGUUAGAGAGUGCGGAUGUGCUUGGUACUGAAGGCGUUGAGUUGUUCUCGACCUUCAAUGAUGCCAUGGAGUGGACCGAGAAUGCUUAUCUGCGUGCUUGGUUCAGAUCCCAGAAAGCGGAGACUGCAUAUACUCUACCCGGCAGACGGGAAGUUCCACAAGUGUAUCAGGAUGUGCUUGUGGGAUCCUUUGCUGGCUCGCCGCGCAGAUCGCACAUGAGUGAAGCGGGACACAGAACCUUUGCAAAUGAGAUCCGACCCGCUCAAGACAUAGCAGCCGAACCGUAUAACACCCUCAUGAAAGCGUUUUCAUCAUAUGAAGACGUUUCCCUCGAACAGUUGCAGCCUUUACUUUCUUACUUUGAGCGCAUGUCUGUUCCGGAGGGCCAAGUGCUUUGGAGACAAGACGACCCUGCCGAUGGUAUAUAUCUGAUACAGGAUGGGGUUCUUCGGGCUUCUUACAGGUUCUCGGACCAUUCGGAGGUGAUUGAGGAGUCGAUGGUCCCAGGAACUUUGGCCGGCGAGAUGUCGGCUCUGUCAAAUCUGCCGCGAAACGCCUCAGUCGUGGUCGAGCGCCCUGCGAUUCUCUGGAAAUUGAGCCAGGAAAAUCUGCAGAAACUGGAGGAGGAGCAACCCGCUCUUGCAACCAAGUUUACCCAGCUUGUGCUCAAGGCGGCCAAAAUUGAUACUGAUAUACUGCUGGCUGCAUUGGCCAGCAGACAAUGAUCUAAAUAUUCUUAUUUCUCUCUCUUUUGUAUACGAGAUGACGAACUUGAUGAGGGAUGAUUGGAUGGAUGCAUGGAAUAUAUCCGAGCGUUGUUUGUCGUAUGACAUAGAUCUGGUUCUCUUACCAACAUUGGAAUGGUUACGGAGGAUGAAUGAACGAUAGCUCAGUUUGAGGAUACCGAGCGAC